GAUGAUGCUGAUGGGCGACGAGCCGCCCAAACAAAGGGGCCGCCACCGUACCAAAGUGGAGGGUGACAUGAUACGCAAGCGUGAACGCGACUUUAGACAUCAGCAAAUGUGGACUGGGGCGCAGGACUACUACAAACGUUGGAACGAUGUCAAUACGAAAUUUGACGAAUGGACUUCGCCUAGAUAUUACGAGGAUAACAAUAAAAUGAUUUCGGAUCUAAGACAAAAAAAAGACAAGGAAGAACUUCUAGAAAAGCGCAGAGAAAAACUAAGAAAGCAGCUAGAGCAAGAGGAAAACACUUAUCAAAUCGAAUUAAUGGUCUCGCAAAACCUAAAAAUCCAACAAAAACCAUUCACAGAAGAAAUCCCAACAAAACUUCUAAAAGACGUAAAUUCAGAAAUCAAAUUGAAAGAAAACGAAGCAAAAAAACGUGAAGCUGAAUUAAAGCUUUACCAUCAAUGGAGAAACAAUAAUCCUGUAGUGAGACAAAUAGAGAGCAGAUAUCGAUGGAAAGAUUUAAAAUUAACUUGGCUGGAUCAGCAAAUUGAAAAACGAAUGGAAAAGGAGCGAGAGGAAAAAGAAAACAAACGAAUAAUUAAAGAACAAGAAGAACGCUUGAAAUUUGAAAAAGAACAAGAGCAAAAAUUUGAAAAAAAGAUUCGGGAAAAACAAGUCGAAUUAAAAGAGCAAUUAGAUAAGCAAAUAGAGGACUUAAAAUCGAAACAAAUUAUCAGCAAUGAGUUGAAAUGCAAAGAACUUGAAGAACUUAAAUACAAAGAUCAGUUUGAUGAAUUGAUAAAAAAAUCUGAACUAGAAGAAAAAAGACGUUUAGCCAAAGAAAACGCCUUAUACAACCUCAGGCAACAUAAACUAAAAUUAAAACAAAAAGCCUUAGACGUACAAGAAGCCUUAGAAAAAGACAAAGAAUUAAUAUUGCAAAUGAAAAAACUAGAACUACAAGAAAUAAUGGAAGACGAAAGGAAAAAAACUGAAAUUAAAACCGCUCUAAGCAAAUUUCUAAUAAUUGUCAAAGAGCAACAGGAGCUUGAAAAGCAACGCCAAAAACAUCUAGAGUUUCUAUUCGACUCCGAAGUUAAAGCGAUUUACGAAAAACAAUUAGCAAUGUGGAAAAAAGAGGAAUGUGCCAGGAAAGCACUGUUCAAAGACGUUUUGGAUACAGUAAAUAAACAAAUCCAAGAAAAUAUAGAAAAAAACAAACAGGCCCAAAGAGAACUUAUAUGUGAAAGAGAGCAAAUGCUUAAUAAAGUUGAACAAUACAAUCAAGAAUUGAAGAAUUUAAGAGUGGAAGAAAAUGAGAAAAAAAAGCAAAGGAAGCAAACUAUAGAUGAGGAUGUUAGAGUGCAAAACGCUAGAAAAAGGCAAGAAGAGAACAAAAAACUAAAGGAAAUUGAUGACGAAUUGAAUAGAGUUAAAAAGGAAGAGGAAAGAUUGCACAGAGAGAUAAUGGAAAUACAAAAGAAACAGGGGCCUUUGAGGCCUAGAGUUAGAAGGAAGUUUUUGUAUUAAGAAUAUUUUCUAAUUUGUUUUAUAUUAUAUUCUAUAGUAAUAUAGUAAUUUUUACUUUUUGA